AUGCUAGGUCGAAAUGAGCUGAUAGCUCGCUAUAUCAAGCUGCGAACAGGAAAGACACGCACACGCAAACAGGUGUCUAGUCACAUUCAGGUUUUGGCACGUAAGAAGGUACGAGAAUACCAAGCAAGCAUCAAGGUCUCUAGUCACCUGCAAGUUUUGGCCAAGCGAAAGUCUCGUGAGAUUCAGUCUAAGCUCAAGGCCAUGAACUUGGACCAGGUAUCCAAAGACAAGGCACUGCAGACAGUAGCCAACCUCUCAUCAGCUCAGAUAGUGUCUGCGAGUGUAAUGAAACCCCAGACUCCCUUCCCUCCACCAGUCAGAUUUUGGCCCGGCCCUAUGCCAGGACAGCCUGGACAUUCUCAGGAUAUCAAACCCUUUGCACAGCCACCAUACACUACACUACCAGCCCCUGUCCCUGCGCCCAUCAGUUAUGAGGCCUUACCACCACCUCGUCCUGCAGCUAUAGCAGCUCCUGUAUGGCAAGACAGAACCAUCGCCUCGGCAAAAUUACGGCUACUGGAGUACUCUGCUUUUAUGGAGACCCAGAGAGACAGAGAGACGUAUAAACACCUUUUCGUACACAUUGGGCCAUCCAACCCAGGCUACAAUGACCCUGUAUUGGAGUCCAUAGAUGUGAGGCAGAUUUACGACAAGUUCUCUGAGAAGAAAGGCGGCCUGAAGGAGCUGUACGAAAAAGGGCCACACAAUGCGUUCUUUCUUGUCAAGUUCUGGGCGGACCUGAGCAGUGACAUUGAGGAGGGUUCUGGUGUGUUCUAUGGCGUGAGCAGCCAGUACAGCGGGGCAGAAAACAUCACUAUUAGUGUCUCAACAAAAGUUUGCUCCUUUGGCAAACAAGUGGUGGAGAAGGUUGAGACCGAGUAUGCACAUUUGGAAGGAGGGAAGUACGUGUUCCGCAUCCAUCGUUCACCCAUGUGUGAAUAUAUGAUCAACUUCAUCCACAAACUCAAACACCUGCCAGAGAAAUACAUGAUGAACAGUGUACUGGAGAACUUCACCAUUCUACAGGUGGUGUCCAACAGAGAAACUCAGGAGACUCUGCUGUGCAUCGCCUUUGUGUUCGAAGUGUCCACAAGUGAACACGGAGCGCAGUACCACGUUUAUCGACUAGUCAACGACUAGCGGCAUGUUGCCUGCAUGCAGAGACUCUUCACAGACUUUUUGAUACAUACAGCAUAAAUACUAUUUCCAGCUCAACACACAGAUUUCCCCACUCCUCCACUUUAAACACAAACUUUUUUUUUAAACAGACCAACCGUCACACUGUAGUCAUACCUGCGGCUUGUUUCAUGUGUAUGCACAGAUCUUUCAGCAACAUCACAUGACAUCAACAAUCAUGGAAUUAUCUCACUGUUUCUCAUAGAUAUUGUGGUUUUCUUUUUAAUUGAAAGGUUAAUUCACUGACAAGUCUAAAAUAUGAUAAAACCUGAAAAAAAAACUGAAAAAGGGAUAUAGUACAUUGAGUCAAGUUGAAUACUUCAUAUCUCUCCGUCAUCUACAUCAUAUUCAGUGAGAACGUAAGUUUGAUGCAUUAAAAAUGAACUUAAUUUCCAGGGAAUGUUCCAAGCAUAUGCAUUUAUGUCAUAGGUGUGACUGAUGUGAGACGAGUUUGAAUAUAGUUGGACAAACAAACCAUUUAAUCAGUGUUAAUGUAACCUGCCACAAUGACUUUUUCUGCUACAGUUUGUGGUAUCUCUGCAAGGUACAAUUUGAACGACCCUACAAUUGUAUAUCUUCUGUUACUGCUUAGUGUGAAAUCAUGGACUUCUAUUCGAUCCAAGGAUCCUAUUGCAGAAAGUAUGAGUGUGCCUCUUUUCAGAAAAUAAUGCACUACAUGUAAAGACGUACAUGUCGUAUUUAUAUUUGAAACGGUGUCAAAGCGUGAAGAGAGCCAUCGCUUUAGGAGUAUUUGCUGUUGAAAGGUUUCCAGUGGUACAUGCUGCGGAGGGGAGAUCUUGAUCGGCUCACUUGUCUAUGGAAACAACGGAAUCACUUAGAGUUUCGGAUUCAGUUCAAACUUUGGUGUCAGCAGCAUUUUUAACAAGAGAAUUAUCUUUACUGUUCAUAGACACUAUACUGUUUUUACUUUGACUGUGUGGGCUUGCUGCAGUAUUUCUACCUCCACGCGAGUUGGGAUAAGAAUGUGCUUUGAUUCAUAAAGCCUUAAGCUGAGGAGCACUGAUGUAUAGGAUGUGUACACUACUCUUGUAAUGGUACUGUUUAUAAGCCCAAAUAAGGCAAAUAGACUUGUUUUUGUAAAGAUGACAUAUCCUUUUUUUUUUGUACUUCACCAGCACAGCAAGAAGUGUUACUCUAAACAUCGACAAUGAUGGCUGUUGUGGUUGUAUCUUUUCUGACAUAUGGUACACACCACAUUAAGGUCACUCAGUGCGCUGGGGUAGAUUUUUCCCUGAUAACACUAACAACACUAUCCAGCUGACACUUUUAUUGUUUUGCUCUAUGUAAUGUUUUGGAUUACUGGUACGCAUGGCUACCAGCAUUUUUAUAUUAAAUCUUAUUUGACUCUAUCACGCCCUCUCCUGGCAGGAUUAUCUUUAACCACGUGGAAGGCGUUUCUGUCAUGACAGUAAGAGCCAUCUGUCUGGCUCCAUUUUUAGACAUUGUAAUUUGAUAUUCACUGUGUGGUCAGCCAAAAGUGUUUUAUCUUUUUUUUCUGUCUAUGUACUCUGUUUGGCUGUGCCUAAUCACUCCUUUGGUCAAGCCUGCUCAGUGAAUUAAAUCUGUGCCUUUUAUGCUGUACCAAUAAAAUCACAUGGUGUCUUGAUAGCAA